AUGCCAGAGGGUCCGGAGCUGCACCUGGCCAGCCUUUUUGUUAACAAAACGUGCGAGGGGGUUGUGUUUGCCGGCUCAGUCAGAAAGUCUGAGGUCAGCAAGAAUCCUGACGUGGCCUUCACCUGCGAGGCGUACCGCAUCAGUGCCAUUUCCAGAGGGAAGGAAGUGAAGCUCACGCUGACGCCCAUCAAGAGUGAUGACACGAAGGCCGAAAAGCAGCAGCAGCCUUUAGACAUUGUCUUUCGCUUUGGAAUGUCAGGCUUUUUCCGCUUCACCGCUGAAGACGAGCUGCCCAAACAUGCCCAUCUGUGCUUUUAUUCCAAGGAGCAGCCUCGCAGAGUGCUCAGCUAUGUAGACGCACGCAGGUUUGGUAGCUGGCAGCCACAAGGAACUUGGCAGCCCGACAGAGGACCCUGCAUCAUGUUUGAGUACAAAAGCUUCAGGGAGAAUGUGGUGUCGCACCUCUCUGACCGGGCGUUUGACAGGCCAAUCUGUGAAGUCCUACUCAAUCAGAAGUACUUCAAUGGCAUCGGGAACUAUCUCAGGGCCGAAAUCCUUUACAGAUUGCACAUUCCACCCUUCGUGCCUGCCCGUUCUGUGCUUGAAGGCCUGGAUUUAGAGGACUUUUGUCUUGAAGAUAAGAAGCCUGUGAAGAAUGAGUUAGUGAACAAAAAGGCUGUAAAGACAGCUAAAAAGUUCAAAGUGAAAGAGGAGAGCGCCGAUCUGCUCAGACUGUGCCACACAGUUCCCCUGGAGGUAGUCCAUUUAGGUGGGAAAGGUUACGAUCCAGAGAAGGCGGACUACUCUGGCUUUAAUGCCUGGUUACAGUGUUACUACGUGGACGGAAUGAAGUCAAUCCGUGACCACAAUGGCAGGACUAUGUGGUUCAAAGGUGAUGCAGGCCCCAUGGCUCCUAAAGAUUCUAAAUCACCAAAGGCCAAAAAGAGAACAAAAAAAGAUGAGGAUCAUGAUUACAACAAAAAGAAAAAGGGGCCCAGGAGACAAUCUGAAAGUACAGAGAAGAAAAAAACUGUCAAAAAGGAAGCUAGAGCAGCAAAGACAGAAAAGGAUUUGCCUCAAAAAGAAGCCAUACGCCAAAGGACUGUAACACAGAAAUCAGGUGACCAGGAGACUACAGACAAUACAGAGCCAGAAGAAGAUGAAGGCAGAAUAAGAAAGUUCCUGCCAAACAACUUCAUCGGAUCAAGAGAGGUGCUAAAACGCCAUUGCAAAGCAGCAAAGAGGAACACCACAGAGUCACUGGCUGUUAUGGGCAUACAAGAAAAACUGAUGGUGUGGCCACCAUCUUCUGACCUCAACCCUAUUGAGAACUUCUGGAGCAUCACCGAUCAAAAGAUCUACAAGAGUGGGAGACAGUUCACAUCUAAGCAGCAGCUCUAG